GGCGGACAGGCACUAAAUCCACAUCAGAUAAAAACACACACACAUUACAAAGCAAGACAGCGCAGAAGAAGAAGCGGAGGAAGAAGAAGAAGAAGAAGAGGGAACCGGGCCGCUUUAAUUUGGACGCCGGCCCCUUGGCGGAAGAAAAAGGCGCCCUUCUAUUCAAAGGAAAGGGGGGGGGAAAGAGUCGUCGGGAGAAGGGGAGACGGUGUUUUUUGUUUUUAAGGUCCCCCGCCCACCCCAACUUCACGGUUAUGAAGCUUUAAGAGAGGAGACCACUGUUGUGCUGUUAACUCGGUCAGUAUUGCUGGAGGAUGAGGAAGCCGGUGCCACAGAAAGCUAUUGAAUGGAAAGACGCCAGAAAGAUCAAGCAUGCCCGGAGUGGACGGCCCUCCCGUGUACCUUCACAGUACCAAGGAGGUCACUUUAGUUGGGAGAAGUACCUUAAGGAGACAGGGACCACCGCUGCACCCCCCUCCUGCUUCAGACAGAGCCCCACCCCACCUGUCAAUGAGUUCAAGGCAGGCAUGAAGCUGGAGGCCCAGGAUCCACGAAACACUACAUCCACCUGCAUCGCCACCGUGGUGGGGCUCACGGGCUCACGGCUGCGCCUGCGCCUGGAUGGCUCCGACAACAAAAAUGACUUCUGGCGCCUGGUGGACUCAUCUGAGAUCCAGCCCAUCGGCAACUGUGAGAAGAAUGGUGGCAUGCUACAACCGCCACUAGGCUUCCGUCUAAACGCCUCCUCCUGGCCCAUGUUCCUUCUGAAGACACUAAAUGGGGCUGAGAUGGCACCAUCCCGCAUCUUUCACAAGCAGGAGCCUCCCGCCCCAGAGCAGAACUCCUUCCACGUGGGCAUGAAGCUGGAGGCGGUGGACCGCAAGAACCCCCACUUCAUCUGCCCGGCCACCGUUGGCGCCCUGCGCGGUGUGGAGGUGCUGGUCACCUUCGACGGAUGGCGUGGGGCCUUUGACUACUACUGCCGCUAUGACUCCCGCGACAUCUUCCCAGUGGGUUGGUGUGCUCUCACCGGAGACAACCUUCAGCCACCGGGCACCAAAGUGGUGCUACCUAAGAGCCUUGGGGCCUUAACAGACGGGAGUGUGGAGAGUUCAGCCAUGCAUCCCACCCCCACGGUAGGCAGACCCCCAGGUCAGAGAGGACGUAAGCCCGGACGCAGGAAAGCUAAGCUAACGAGUCCCUGGGGCCAGAAGGGCUCAGCGGUGGGACCGCAGAGCACUCAGCCAGGCAAAGGCCUGGAGCCCAUCAAAAUACCCAAGAAACGGGGGCCUAAGCCCGGCAGUAAGAGAAAACCACGGGUGGCCCCUAACCCAGUGCCCACAUCCCCAACCAGCAGCACUCCAGAACCUGACACCAGCACUGUACCCCUGGACAACGCCACCAUCCCCAACUCUGCACUACAGGCACCCACAGUGUGUGUGUACCUGAACAAGUAUGGCAAGGCGGGACCUCACCUGGACCAGCGGCGGAUCCUGCAGCUGCCAGACCACUUCGGGCCAGGCCGGGCAUCCUCGGUGUUGCAGCAGUGUGUCCAAGCGUGUGUGGACUGUGCAUACAACCAGGGCACCGUCUUCUCCUUCCUCAAGGCUGGCCACGGCGGGGAGGUCAUUUCAGCUUACUUUGACCAGCAGCACCACACCCUGACCCUGCCCACCGUCAGCAGCGUCACCUACGUCCUUCGCUUCCUGGAGAAACUCUGUCAUAACCUACACUGCGACCCUCUUUUUGGUAACCAGCCUGUAGCGAGAGGGAGCCUGCACUAUGACAGCCAAACAUACACCACAGAAAGAAGAGGCUUCGGUGAUGGAAUGACAACGGGUCCAGGCCUCGGGACCAAGAGGUUCCUCCAGGACACCUACAACAGCCCCCUGCCCCAUAAACUGGCCAAAACACACCGGCACUCCACUGACGGCGAGUCCUUCCUUGAAAAUGGCAUCGGAGCAUCAGAGCACUUAAAGAAGAGUCCCCUGUCCCCCAGCUCCACGGGACAGUCGCCGGGCCUGCGGUUCCCCUCCAAAAUGCUGCAUCUAAAUUCUACAGGAUCAGGCAGUUUCCGGGAGAGCCCCAGGCCCAGUGGUCAGGACCCCAACCUGUGGACGGUGGAGGACGUCAUGCAGUACAUCAGAGUCAUUGACCCGGUGCUGGCCCCACACGCUGACCUCUUCAGGAAACAUGAGAUUGACGGCAAAGCCCUCCUGUUGCUGCGAAGCGACAUGAUGAUGAAAUACAUGGGCCUGAAGCUCGGCCCCGCCCUCAAACUCACCUUCCACAUCGACAAGCUAAAGCGUGCUUGAUGGAGCCAGCCAGCCAGCCAGCCAGCCAGCCGUCAACCCUCUUCCCACCUCCUUAUGGACUCGAA